AUGGCGACUCAAUACGAGGUCGAGCACAACAUCAAACCAAACCAUUCUACGACCCGUCGGCGGCGGCAAGUCGACAUGUCAACCUUCAAUGCGCACCUGCACAACAUCGUUCCCGAAUCCACAUCCUCCCCUUCUACAUCCCCGCAACAGGAACGCCACCACCACCACAACCCUCACGCCGUCCCGAACCCGACCGACACUGCCGCGCUCUUCCGCCUCUUGCAAGACCAGAUGGGCACGCUCGCCACAACAGCACCAACCGACGACAACCGCGCCUUCCUGCAGUCCCUCGUCGAAGCCCUCGAGCUGGAUGUGGCGCACCCGCCGCGGGAGAUUGAGGGCGUGACGCAGGAGUUCCUGGACGGCCUCGACCGGGUAUCGCGCAAGUCGCUGAAGCAGGACGACACCUGCCCGAUCUGCGCGGAGCGGUACCUCGACGACCAAUACCCGCUCGUGGUGGAGCUUCCGUGCCACGGGAGUCACCGGUUCGACCUCGAGUGUGUCGGGCCCUGGUUGCGGGCUAAGGGAACGUGUCCUCUGUGCAGGAAGGAGAUGGGGAAGCGGAGGGCGGUGGUUGUUGCUACGGAGGAAGACGAUGAAGAAGUGGAUGAUAUGAAUGGGUUGUAUGCUUGA